AUGACGAAUCCAAUUGAUCAAGAAUUUCUUUUCUAUCAAAUAACUCAUUUUAAAGAAAAACGAAAAUGGUCAUCUUCACCAUCAUCAACAACAUCACAAGUCAAUCGACGAUUAGAAGUUCUACGUAGUGGACAAAGAAAUUUAUGGGACGAUGAUGAUGAUGAUAGUGACCUUGAACCAUAUGUGAAAUCAAAAAAACCUACAACUAGUAAUAAAACAUAUAUUGUUCUAUCGGAUUCAGAUACUGAGAAAACAUCAUCUAGACCACGAUCAAAAAGUAAGAAAUCAAAGAAAAAAUCAACUCGUACUUAUGAUGAAAGUUUAACAUCAGACAAUGAUCAUAAGCAAAAAUCAAAAUGUGUUACUUGUUUAAUUUGUUCUAUUCUUACAACAUUAACAUCAUAUAAUUGUUGUUCAAAACAUUUAUCAUUACUUAUUAAUAAUAAAAAUUCUCAUGACAAUCAUCAGAAACAAACAAUUAAUACAAAUCAAUGGCCACCAAAGCAAGUUAUGAUUGUACCAAUAACAGAUGAUCUUAUUCAACGUUAUAUCAAUCCACAAGAAUUUGUUCAUAUUAAAACAUCAACAUCAACACCAUCAAUACAUACAAAAUCUGUACAAUCUAAAAGACCAAUUCGAAAAUCAUCAAAAAACUCAAGAAUAGCAUCAGAAUCAUCCGAUGCUGAACAUUCAAUUAUUAAUAAAACAAAAUCGUCAACAAAAUCUUCACAUGUUCAACAUGAACAACCAAACUGUUCAUCUAUUAUCGCUGAAUCAGUACGUCCACCAAAUUCUGGAAAAACUUCACAAGAUACAACAUUUACAGUUAUUACAUCAACAUCAACAUCAACAUCAACAACAAUCAAUAGUUUCGAAAGUCCGAAUAUUCUCGAUACGUGUCAAAUACAGCAAUCAUCUGAUCAACCAAUUAUUAUUUGUGACUCUCAACCCGAUACUCAACCCGAUACUCAACAAGAUAAUUUAUUAGUAUCUAAUACUCAAAAGAAUCAUACAAAUGAUCCAUGGACACCAAUUAGUGAUGAAACAUAUUCUGCUAUUGAAACAGCUCUUCAUCGAAUUGAUGAAUCGUCACAAGAGCAAAAUGAAUUUACACCAACAACAGCUCGACGUACAGCAACAGAUUUAAUGGCAUCUCGUUUACCUAAAAUACAAUUAAAAAAAGGUAGAUUUCAUCAAGGUAAACCUCUUAGUGAUAAAAGUAUAUCUGAUAAAGCAACAAAUGAAUGUCAAUCAUCAACAAUCUGUCAAUCUUCGUCUUCAACUUCAACUUCAACAUCAACAUCCAUUAUUAUUACAAAUAAUCGACCAGCACCAUCAGCAUUAGCAACUAUUAUCGAGGAUGAAUCACUUAUUAUUCAAUCAACACAUCAAAUAUCAGAUAAAUCUUCUUCACCAAAUCAUGGAUUAUCUCAACGAUCUGAACAUACAAGUGAAGGUCUUAGUGAUACUGUCAUGAGUUGUUUACUUGCUCAAGAUGAAUCAAAUGAACAUGAAAAUAUUCAUAUAGUAACAAAAGCAAUAUCUAAUGAAGUUCUUCCUUCUCAUCCUCUUCCUACUAUUAUUAUUGAAGAUUAUUCUAAUAAAAAUGCUAUUUAUAAUAAAUCAGUAGAUAUUUCUCAAUCAUCUCAAUUAACAAAUGAUCAAACUGAUCCUCAACAAUUAACUCCAUCAAUUAUGAAUGAAAAACUAACAAAGGUCCCGAGAAGAUCAUAUCGUAUGAAUCCCGAUGGAUCACGAGUUAGUAUAUCACGAUCAUCAAUAUCAAGACAUCGUCAAUCAUCAUCAACUUCAUCACGUCGAGUAAGAAAAUAA